CAUGAUUUCCUGCUAUCUACAACCAUGGGCCUCUUGGGAAUACUUUGUUUUUUAAUCUUCCUGGGGAAAACUUGGGGACAAGAGCAAACAUAUGUCAUUUCAGCACCAAAAAUAUUCCGUGUUGGAGCAUCUGAAAAUAUUGUAAUUCAAGUUUAUGGAUACACUGAAGCAUUUGAUGCAACAAUCUCUAUUAAAAGUUAUCCUGAUAAAAAAAUUAGUUACUCCUCAGGCUAUGUUCAUUUAUCCUCACAGAAUAAAUUCCAAAACUCUGCAGUCUUAACAAUACAACCAAAACAAUUGCCUGGAGGACAAAACCCAGUUUCUUAUGUGUAUUUGGAAGUUGUAUCAAAGCAUUUUUCAAAAUCAAAAAAAAUGCCAAUAACCUAUGACAAUGGAUUUCUCUUCAUUCAUGCAGACAAGCCUGUUUAUACUCCAGACCAGUCAGUAAAGGUUAGAGUUUAUUCAUUGAAUGAUGACUUGAAGCCAGCCAAAAGAGAAACUGUCUUAACUUUCAUAGACCCUGAAGGAUCAGAAGUUGACAUGGUAGAAGAAAUUGAUUAUACUGGAAUUAUCUCUUUUCCUGACUUCAAAAUUCCAUCUAAUCCUAAAUAUGGUGUGUGGACGAUCCAGGCUAAAUAUAAAGAAGACUUUUCAACAACUGGAACUGCCUAUUUUGAAGUUAAAGAAUAUGUCUUGCCACAUUUUUCUGUCUCAAUAGAACCAGAAAGUAAUUUUAUUGGUUAUAACAACUUUAAGAAUUUUGAAAUUACUAUAAAAGCCAGAUAUUUUUAUAAUAAAGUAGUCACUGAGGCUGACGUCUAUAUCACAUUUGGAAUAAGAGACGACUUAAAAGAUGAUCAAAAAGAAAUGAUGCAAACAGCAAUGCAAACCACAGUGUUGAUAAAUGGAAUUGCUCAAGUCACAUUUAAUUCCGAAAUGGCAGUCAAAGAGCUGUCAUACUACAGCCUAGAGGAUUUAAAAGACAAGUACCUUUAUAUUGCUGUAACAGUCAUAGAGUCUACAGGUGGGUUUUCUGAAGAGGCAGAAAUACCUGGCAUCAAAUAUGUCCUCUCUCCCUACAAACUGAAUUUGGUGGCCACUCCUCUUUUCCUGAAACCUGGGAUUCCAUAUUCCAUCAAGGUGCAGGUUAAGGAUUCGCUUGACCAGUUGGUAGGAGGGGUCCCAGUAACACUGAAUGCACAAACAAUCGAUGUAAACCAAGAACCAUCUAACUUGGAGCCAAAGAAAAGUGUAACACGUGUUGAUGAUGGAGUAGCUUCGUUUGUGAUUAAUCUCCCAUCUGGCGUGACGGUGCUGGAGUUUGAUGUCGAAACUGAUGCUCCAGAUCUUCCAGAAGGAAAUCAGGCCAGGGAAAGUUACCGAGCAGUAGCAUAUUCAUCUCUCAGCCAAAGUUACCUUUAUAUCGAUUGGACUGAUAACCACAAGGCUUUGCUAGUGGGAGAACAUCUGAAUAUUAUUGUUACCCCCAAAAGCCCAUAUAUUGACAAAAUAACUCACUAUAAUUACUUGAUUUUAUCCAAGGGCAAAAUCAUAUACUUUGGCACAAGGGAGAAAUUUUCAGAUGCAUCUUAUCAAAGUAUAAACAUUCCAGUAACACAGAGCAUGGUUCCUUCAUCCCGACUCCUGGUCUAUUACAUCGUCACAGGAGAGCAGACAGCAGAAUUAGUGUCUGACUCAGUCUGGUUAAAUAUUGAAGAAAAAUGUGGCAACCAGCUCCAGAUUCAUCUGUCUCCUGAUUCAGAUGCAUAUUCUCCAGGCCAAACUGUGUCUCUUGAUAUGGCAACUAGGAUGGAUUCCUGGGUGGCAUUAACAGCAGUGGACAGUGCUGUGUAUGGAGUCCAAAGCAGAGCCAAAAAGCCCUUGGAAAGAGUAUUUCAAUAUUUAGAGAAGAGUGAUCUGGGCUGUGGGGCAGGUGGUGGCCUCAACAAUGCAGACGUGUUCCACCUAGCUGGACUUACCUUCCUCACUAACGCAAAUGCAGAUGACUCCCAAGAAAAUGAUGCACCUUGUAAAGAAAUUCUCAGGCCAAGAAGGAUGCUGCAGAAGAUAGAUGAAAUAGCUGCUAAAUACAAACAUUCAGUAGUGAAGAAAUGUUGUUACCAUGGAGCCUAUGCUAACCAUGAUGAAACCUGUGAGCAGCGAGCUGCACGGAUUACCUUAGGCCCAAGAUGCGUCAAAGCUUUCACCGAAUGCUGUGUUGAGGCAAACCGGCACCGUGAUAAUAGCACUUAUAAACCCAUUUCAUUGGGAAGGCUAGACAUGAAGAUCCUGUUACCAGUAAGCAAGCCAGAAAUUCGAAGUUAUUUUCCAGAAAGUUGGUUAUGGGAAGUUCAUCAUGUUCCCAGAAGAAAACAGUUGCAGUUUGCCCUACCUGAUUCUCUAACUACGUGGGAAAUUCAAGGUGUUGGCAUUUCAGAUAGUGGUAUAUGUGUUGCUGAUACUCUUAAGGCAAAGGUGUUCAAAGAUGUCUUCCUGGAAAUGAAUAUACCAUAUUCUGUUGUACGAGGAGAACAGGUCCAGUUGAAAGGGACCGUUUACAACUACAGGACUACUGGGAUGCAGUUCUGUGUUAAAAUGUCUGCUGUGGAGGGAAUCUGCAUGUCGGGAAGCCCAGCCAUUGAUCAUCAGAGCACAAAGCUCUCCAAAUGUGUGUACCAGAAAGUAGAGGGUUCCUCCAGUCACUUGGUAACAUUCACCGUGCUUCCUCUGGAAACUGGCCUUCACAACAUCAAUUUUUCACUGGACACUUCGUUUGGAAAAGAAAUCUUAGUAAAAACAUUACGCGUGGUGCCAGAAGGUGUCAAAAGGGAAAGCUAUUCUGGCAUUACUUUGGAUCCUAGGGGUCUUUAUGGUACCAUUAGCAGACGAAAGGAGUUCCCAUACAGGAUACCAUUAGAUUUGGUCCCCAAAACAAAAAUCAAAAGGAUUUUGAGUAUAAAAGGACUGCUCAUAGGUGAGGUCUUUUCUGCAGCUCUAAGCCAGGAAGGCGUCAAUAUCCUAACCCACCUCCCCAAAGGCAGUGCAGAGGCGGAGCUGAUGAGCAUUGUCCCAGUAUUCUAUGUUUUUCACUAUCUGGAAGCAGGGAAUCAUUGGAACAUUUUUCAUCCUAACUCAUUAACUGAAAAGCAGAACCUAAAGAAAAAAUUAAAAGCAGGGAUGGUGAGCAUUAUGUCCUUCAGAAAUGCUGACUAUUCUUACAGCGUGUGGAAGGGUGGAAGUGCUAGCACUUGGCUAACAGCUUUUGCUUUAAGAGUACUUGGACAAGUAAACAAAUAUGUAGAACAGAACCGAAAUUCAAUUUGUAAUUCUUUAGUGUGGCUGGUUGAGAAUCAUCAAUUAGAUAAUGGAUCUUUCAAGGAAAACUCACAGUAUCAACCAAUAAAAUUACAGGGUACCUUGCCUGUUGAAGCCCGAGAAAACAAUUUAUAUCUUACAGCCUUUACUGUGAUUGGAAUUAGAAAGGCUUUUGAUAUAUGCCCCCUGGAGAAAAUCAACACAGCUCUAAUUAAAGCUGACACCUUUCUGCUUGAAAAUACACUGCCAGCCCAGAGCAACUUUACAUUGGCCAUUGCUGCCUAUGCUCUUUCCCUGGGAGAUAAAACUCACCCACAGUUUCGUUCAAUUGUUUCAACUUUGAAGAGAAAAGCUUUGGUUAAAGGUAAUCCACCCAUUUAUCGUUUUUGGAAAGACAAACUUCAACAUGAAGACAACUCUGUACCUAACACUGGUACGGCACAUAUGGUAGAAACAACUGCCUAUGCCUUACUCACCAGUCUGAACUUGAAAGACAUAAAUUAUGUUAACCCAAUCAUCAAAUGGCUAUCUGAAGAGCAGAGAUAUGGGGGCGGCUUUUAUUCAACCCAGGAUACAAUCAAUGCCAUCGAGGGCCUGACAGAAUAUUCACUCCUGGUUAAACAACUCCACUUGAAUAUGGACAUCGAUGUCACUUACAAGCACAAAGGUGCCUUACACCAUUAUAAGAUGACAGACAAGAAUUUCCUUGGGAGGCCAGUAGAGGUGCUUCUUGAUGAUGACCUCGUUGUCAGUACAGGAUUUGGCAGUGGCUUAGCUACAGUACAUGUAACAACUGUAGUUCACAAAACCAGUACCUCUGAAGAAGUCUGCAGCUUUAAUCUGAAAAUUGACACUCAGUAUAUUGAAGCAUCCAGCUAUAGAGGCUACGGCAACUCUGAUUACAAACGCAUAGUAGCAUGUGCCAGCUACAAGCCCAGCAGGGAAGAAUCAUCAUCAGGAUCCUCUCAUGCAGUAAUGGACAUCUCCUUGCCUACUGGAAUCAGUGCAAAUGAAGAUGACUUAAAAGCUAAUGUGGAAAGGGUGGAUCAAUUAUUCACUGAUUACCAAAUCAAAGAUGGACAUGUUAUUCUGCAACUAAAUUCGAUUCCCUCCAAUGAUUUCCUUUGUGUACGAUUCCGGAUAUUUGAACUCUUUGAAGUUGGGUUUCUUAGUCCUGCCACUUUCACAGUGUAUGAAUACCACAGACCAGAUAAACAGUGUACCAUGUUUUAUAGCACUUCCGACAUCAAACUUCAGAAAGUCUGUGAAGGAGCCACAUGCAAGUGCGUAGAAGCUGAUUGUGGGCAAAUGCAGCCAGAAUUGAAUCUGACAAUCUCUGCAGAGACUAGAAAACAAGCAGCUUGUAAACCAGAGAUUGCAUAUGCUUAUAAAGUUAGCAUCACAUCCAUCACUGUAGAAAAUGUUUUUGUCAAGUACACGGCAACCCUUCUGGAUAUCUACAAAACUGGGGAAGCUGUUGCUGAGAAAGACUCUGAAAUCACCUUCAUUAGAAAGGUAACCUGCUCUAACGCUGAGCUGGUAAAAGGAAGGCAGUACUUAAUUAUGGGUAAAGAAGCCCUCCAGAUAAAAUACAAUUUCACUUUAAGGUACAUCUACCCCUUAGAUUCCUUGACCUGGAUUGAAUACUGGCCUAGAGACACAACAUGUUCAUCGUGUCAAGCAUUUUUAGCUAAUUUAGAUAAGUUUGCUGAAGAUAUCUUUUUAGAUGGAUGCUAAAAUUCCUGAAGUUCAGCUGCCUACAGUUUUUACUUAUGGACUCCUGUUGUUGAAGUUCAUUUUCCUUUUUUUCUUUUUUUUUUUUAAACAUUCAUAGCUGGUCUUAUUUUACUUAGAAUUAGUGGCGCUUCCCUUUAUUAGAGAACGAUUUUAAACACUGUAACUUUCUGAAACAACAUGGCCUUGGAGGACAUGAAGACAGAUACUCCUCCAAGGUUAUUGGACACCGGAAGCAAUAAACUGGAACACCUCCUCAAACCUACUACUCAGGAAUGUUUGCUGGGGCUGAAAGAAUAGUCCAUUGAAAUGGAGUAUUACAAAAACAUGGCCUUUGCUUGAAAGAAAAUACCAAGGAACAGGAAACUCAUCAUUAAAGCCUGACUUUGCUUUCAAACUGUGCUAAAAACCUGUUAUUUUAUGCUAGAUCAGCUUCGACUGCACAAAGACAGGCAAAUUGAGAAAGGCGGAGAAAGUAGGCAGUCAAGAACCUUAACCCUGAGCGGGCUUAGCCUCAGAGCCCUCAGCACACCAAGAAGGUUGAGCAUCCCAAAUCUGAAAAUCCAAAAUCUGAUGUGUUUCAAACUUUGAAACUUUUUGAGUACCAACAUGACACCACAAAUGGAAAAUUCCACACAUGAGCACUUAACACAAACUUUUAUGUAUAACAUUGUUUAAAAUACUGUAUAAAAUUACUUUCAGUGGAUGCAUAUAAGGCAUAUAUAAAACAAAAAUGCAUUUUGUAUUUAGACAUGGCUCCCAUCCCCAGGAUAUCUUAUUAUGUAUAUGCAAACAUUCCAAAAUCUGAAAAAAAAUCUGAAAUCUGAAACACUUCUGGUCCCAAGCAUUUUGGAUAAAGUUUACUCAACUGGUAUCUUAUUCUGCUUUGUUUAUUCUCAGAUUCUAUUUAUUUGUUCUUAGGGAUUUUUUUUAACUACAUGUUUUUUGUAAUGUUCCUAGCAAAUGUUAUUCAUGUUAUUUAAUUUUUUAAAAAUUAUGCCAUUGCUUUAGCAACCAAGCAGGAAAUAAAGGAAUACAGGGCCAGCAUGCUACUGAAUGGGCCUGGCAGUGGCAGAACUACAUGAAGAGGCCUCUGUGUUCCUGGAGGUUUAGGGACAGAGGUGUUGCGUAACAUACUGUUCCAGACCCCGUAUCCUAAUCAGAGUAGCUGCAACCCUGAAACAGCCUCUGCAAAGGAGGCUUUAGUACCAGAUCCAAGCCUCACUUUGUGUCCUCACUCCCACUUUCACAUUAGCCCCCGACUCAGACCUUAGGAUUUCAACCUGAAGAGCAGGUGCACCUGUCAGCUUUUCUGCUCACUCUGGCUCCUGUGGCCAGACCCAAGUUCAUACAACAGAUCUUUCCUGCCCUGCAUGGGCCUUUGAGACGCUGUGGAGGAUGGGCCUGCUUGGUUGAUUACUGCUGCUGCUGCUUCUAGUUCCCUUGACCCACCAGGAACAGCAGCUCUGAUCUGGCCUGUGCCUGCCCUCCCCCACCUCCAUUUUUCCUUUUUCCCCUCCCUUCCUCCUUCCCUUCCCCCUUCCCUCACAUACCAGAAAUCACUAUCUUGGCACUUGGGAUUUGAAAGGUUGCCCAACAAAUGAAAGCUGAUCUUACCUCUCUGCAAAGCAAUUCGACAAUGCAUUUCAAGAGCCAAAAUAUGUUUAUAUUUCUUGAUCCAGUAAUCCUUCUCCUGUUGAAUGAUUUAUAUAAAUUCCCAAAAGGAAAAAAAAAUAGUUUGUACACAAAGAUCUUCUGUGGCAGAUUAAUUAUUCAUUUAAUAAAUAUUUAUUGAGUGC